CUUCUUCCUUUCGCGCCGGUAGCUUCUGGAGAACCGCGAGUCCCAUGUGCGCAUCUGCCCGCACUUCUCAACAUCUCUGAGCCUUCCCAAUCCGAGCCACACUCCCACGGUCUGCUCAUGGAUCCUAACUCUCUGAUCGAGGCCCUCAGGGGCACAAUGGACCCUAAUCUACGCGAGGCAGCAGAGAGACAGCUCAGCGAGGGCCAUAAACAAUUAAACUUCACAUCCACACUGCUCCAGGUGACCAUGUCAGAACAGCUGGAUUUGCCUGUGCGGCAAGCAGGUGUGAUUUAUUUGAAGAACAUGGUCACGCAGUACUGGAGCGAGGCUGAGAACACGCACAGCGAAGUGCCUGGCAGCAACAUCCCUGAAGAGGACCGCCAGUUCAUCCGAGACAACAUAGUGGAGGCCAUCAUCCACUCCCCGGAGCGCAUCAGAGUGCAACUUACCACCUGCAUUCACCACAUGAUUAAAAACGACUACCCAAACAAGUGGACAGCCAUCGUGGACAAGAUUGGCUUCUACUUGCAGUCUGACAACAGUGCCUGCUGGCUGGGCAUCUUGCUGUGCCUCUACCAGCUGGUGAAGAAUUAUGAGUACAAGAAACCGGUUGAGCGCCAGCCUUUGAUCGCAGCCAUGCAGAUUUUCAUGCCCAUGCUGAAAGAUCGCUUCAUCCAACUGCUGCCAGACCCUUCCAGUGACUCAGUUCUGGUGCAGAAACAGAUCUUCAAGAUCCUUUAUGCUCUUUUCCAGUAUAAUCUCCCCCUGGAGCUCAUCAACAGGCAGAACCUGACUGAGUGGAUGGAGAUCCUGAAGACUGUGGUAGACAGAGACGUACCUCCAGAGACCCUACAGGUGGAUGAGGACGAGAGGCCUGAGCUGCCCUGGUGGAAGUGUAAGAAGUGGGCCCUCCACAUUCUGGCACGGCUCUUCGAAAGAUACGGCAGUCCUGGUAACACAACCAAAGAGUACACCGAGUUUGCCGAACAUUUCCUCAAGGGUUAUGCUGUGGCUGCUCAGCAGGUGCUGUUAAAGGUCUUGUAUCAGUAUAAAGAAAAGCAAUAUGUAGCACCCAGAGUUUUACAGCAAGCCCUCAACUAUAUCAACCAGGGUAUCGCCCAUGCCAUCACCUGGAAAAACUUAAAGCCUCACAUUCAGGGCAUCAUCCAGGAUGUGGUCUUCCCUCUCAUGUGCUACACGGACAGUGACGAAGAGCUGUGGCAGGAGGAUCCCUACGAGUACAUCCGCAUGAAGUUUGAUGUGUUUGAGGACUUUAUCUCGCCAACCACAGCUGCUCAGACCCUUCUUUUCACCGCUUGUAACAAAAGGAAAGAAGUGUUGCAGAAAACAAUGGGCUAUUGUUAUCAGAUUCUCACUGAGCUCACCUCAGACCCUCGCAAGAAGGAUGGUGCCCUACACAUGAUUGGCUCUUUGGCUGAGAUUCUUCUCAAGAAAAAGAUCUAUAAAGACCAGAUGGAGUUUAUGUUGCAGAACCACGUCUUUCCUCUCUUCCGCAGUGAGCUGGGUUACAUGAGAGCAAGAGCCUGCUGGGUCCUGCACUACUUCUGCGAAGUCAAGUUUAAGAGCGACCAGAACCUGCAAACAGCACUGGAGCUGACUCGUCAUUGCCUCAUCAACGACAACGAGAUGCCCGUCAAAGUGGAGGCUGCCAUCGCUCUACAGGUCCUCAUCAGCAAUCAAGAGAAAGCCAAAGAGUACAUCACACCAUUCAUCCGGCCCGUGAUGCAGGCUCUUCUCCACAUUGUACGCGUGACGGAAAAUGAUGACCUGACCAACGUCAUCCAGAAGAUGAUUUGCGAGUACAGUGAGGAGGUGACUCCUAUUGCUGUGGAGAUGACUCAGCAUCUGGCUAUGACCUUCAACCAGGUGAUCCAGACUGGCCCUGAUGAGGAGGGUGGUGACGAUAAGGCGGUGACGGCUAUGGGCAUCCUCAACACUAUUGAUACGCUACUCAGCGUGGUGGAGGAUCAUAAAGAGAUAACUCAGCAGCUGGAAGGCAUCUGUCUGCAGGUAAUUGGCACUGUGCUGCAGCAGCAUGUUCUAGAGUUUUAUGAAGAGAUCCUGUCGCUGGCCCACAGUCUGACGUGUCAGCAGGUUUCGCCGCAGAUGUGGCAGCUUCUUCCUCUGGUCUACGAGGUCUUCCAACAAGAUGGCUUUGACUAUUUUACAGACAUGAUGCCACUGCUACACAACUAUAUUACUGUUGACACAGACACACUUCUGUCUGACACAAAAUACCUUGAAGUCAUCUACAACAUGUGUAAAAAGGUUUUGUCAGACGACCCCGGAGAGGACCCAGAGUGCCAUGCCGCCAAGCUGCUGGAAGUCGUCAUCUUGCAGUGCAAAGGCCGCGGCAUUGACCAGGUUGUUCCGCUGUUUGUGACCACAGCUCUGGAGCGUCUAACACGGGAGGUAAAGACCAGCGAGCUGAGGACCAUGUGUCUUCAAGUAGCCAUCGCUGCACUUUAUUACAACCCUGCUCUGCUGCUCAACACACUGGAGAAUUUGCGAUUUCCCAACAACACCGAACCCAUCACCAAUCACUUUAUCUCUCAGUGGCUUAAAGAUGUUGACUGCUUCCUCGGGCUCCAUGACCGAAAGAUGUGUGUAUUAGGCCUGUGUGCGUUGAUGGACCUGGAACAGAGACCUCAGGCUGUCAAUCAAGUAGCCGGUCAGCUUCUUCCUGCUACCAUCCUUCUGUUUAAUGGCCUGAAGAGAGCUUACGCCUGCAGAGCCGAGCACGAGAAUGAAGACGAGGAGGAUGAUGAAGAUGGAGAAGAGGAAGAUGACAAUGCUGAGCUGGGUAGUGAUGAGGAUGACAUUGACGAGGAAGGUCAGGAAUACCUUGAAAUGCUCGCCAAGCAAGCCGGAGAGGAUGGUGAUGAUGAAGACUGGGAGGAAGAUGAUGCUGAAGAGACUGCAUUAGAAGGCUAUACCACUGCUGUCGACGAUGAUGAUAACCCUGUUGAUGAGUACCAGAUCUUCAAAGCCAUAUUACAGAAUAUCCAGUCCCGUGACCCCACAUGGUACCAGGCACUUACUCAGACUCUGGAUGAAGAGCAGGGUAAACAGCUUCAGGACAUCGGCACACUGGCAGAUCAGAGACGAGCAGCACAUGAAUCGAAGAUGAUCGAGAAGCAUGGAGGUUACAAGUUCACAGUUCCAGUGGUUCCACCCACUUUUAAUUUCGGCGGCAACGCCCCCGGAAUGAAUUGAGUACCCCCUCCUCACUCCCCCCUCCUUUUCUUAUCCUGUGACUGAUUGUAGUGAAGUGAAAAAAGCUUGUGUUGUUCCCUCAAGUAGUGGUUCCAGAACUGGUUCUUCUCACUCACUCUUCAAUCUGACUAUCAAACUAGACAGCACCAGAAGACGUGGGAAGGCAAACCAAAUGCAAGCAAUGGCUGGGAAAACAAACCAAGAACUUGGAAGUAAAUAAAGAAGCUCUGAACAAUGUUGUCUAAUGGAAUCCACAAGCAGGAAGGAUACCGUGAUGGCAGCUCUUUUUCUUCCUGCUUACACACAUCGGGGGGCUCUAAUAAAUGAAAUUGACGGUGGGACUGAAACUCAAAUUUUCUUCACUGUAAGAUUAUACCUCUGGCAGUAGUUUGUCCACUUUUUUCUGCUUAAAGGAAAGAAUUAUUGUAUAUACGAGCAAAGGCUCUUCAUUUUUAAGCAGCCUGGACAGCCAACCAGAGGCACUAGUACGGUGACAAAUGUGUAUUCAAAUGUAGCAUAUUGGAUACUUGUCAUAGCACUAUGUGAUGCCUAAAAUCUGUAAAUGGAAAAAGAAAACAAAAACUAGCACUUUCAUAUUGUUCAGGUCUCUUAGCCUUCUGUAUCAGACUACAAUUUUUUUUAACUACAAUUGAAGCUAUUUAAAACAGUAGUCCGGAACUUUGUUACUCAGCAGGCAGUUUGUUCUACGAUGUCUGGUUGUCGGAUGAAUUUCCAUUCGGUGGAGGUGCAGUCCUUUGCUGCUUUAAAUGUAAUGUUAAAGGUUCAUAACAGAAUGCUGUUUGUGUUCAGUCGAGGUGCAGGACAUUUUUGUUAAGCACUGAAAUAUUGAAUACUAUUUGGCGCAUGUACAAUUGGGCUGGAUUGUGAAGGUCUCAAGCAUUUGGUUGAUGUAUGGAUGAACCAUCUAUAUAUAACAUUAAAGGAAAAAAAUUACUUAA